AUGCCGGUGGAACCUUUCAAGGAAGCGCAGAUCUACCAGGGACUUUGUGACAAAGAGUUCCGGACCUGGGUCAAGAACUUUGUGGAACCUCGGCUUGCAGAAAAAAAUCAAGAUGGCUGUAGCUACUACCGCCUUCCAGCCACCGGUGAUUUUGUGACGAUCAACGGCUUGCGUCGCAGAAAUGAGCUGAAUGGCGUUCGUGCCAAAGUCUUGAGCGGCAAGCAGGAUGAGUUUGGCCGCAUCACAGUGAGGAUCGAUGCUGAAGGCAAUCGAACCAUGAAGAUCCAACCUUUCAGGCUAGUGCCUGAUUUCCUUGCCCCAGUGAGCAACGAGCUUGACAAAGUCAGUUUACGCUCGGAGUGUGGACGAGAAAGUGCAAUCUCAGCCACCUCCCGCAGACCAUCCGUCUGCUCGAGACUUUCGGGGACUGGCAGGCAUUUGGCCAAAACUUCAAGCCGAGAGACCUUCCGCGGAGUAGCUCCGGUAGUGAGCAACUCAGCCAGGCCAGCGGAGGCUCUGCCACCGGCGGCUGCAUGUGGACGACUCAACUCAUUUGGGGGCUUCCUGGGUCAUGGUUUGGAAGUGCUCCAGCGUCUUCUGGUGGGUCUCAGAUCUUCGCAGCAUCCAGUGCUUCCGGUAGUUCUAGUGGUUCCAGCAGCAUUUUUGGUGCUUCAGCUGGUGCUUCAGCUGGUAGCGCCAGUGCUGGGUCAGCUGGUAGCAUCUUCGGUGCAUCCUCCGGAAGCAUCUUUGGAGCCACCAGUGGCAGCUCAGCUGGGGCUUCCGCCUUCGGAACCACUGGAGGAAGCGCCUUUGGGGCUGCCGGGAACAUCUUCGGAGCUGGAGGUUCUGCCUUUGGGGCAGCACCUGCUGCUGCUGGGCAGCCCAGCAUGUUUGCCCAAGCCUUCCAGCAGUCCAGACCAGGACCUGGAGGUGCACGCCGCCGCCGUCGCUGAGGAAAAAAAAUGGCGCUUGCAGUUUAGUGACGAUGAUGAUGGAUUCUUUGCAGGCCGUGGCCGGAGCCCGUCACCUGAACAAAGAGAGACUCGUUCGCGGCAAGACAGUGAUCAUCGGCGAGAUGACAGGAGGCGAGACGAGGAUCGACGACGGGACGACGACCGCCGUGGACGCGACGACGAUCGCCGUCGACGGGAUGAUGAUCGAAAGAGGAGGGACGACGAUCGACGUGGACGCGACGAUGACCGACGUCCUGACUUUAUCAAGAGGGAUCGUCCAGCGCGAACCACUGGUAGAGAGAUUCCGAAGCUGUACUCCAUCCACAAGGGCACGAUUGUGAGGGUACAGGACUACGGCGCUUUUGUUCGCCUUGGUGACGGAUCCACAUACAAGGAUGGUUUGCUGCAUAUAUCCCGCUUGUCCUCAUCCGGCCGAGUUGACUCUGUAGCAGAUGUUGUGUCCCAAGAUGACAUUGUUUGGGUCAAGGUCAUUGAAGUCAAAGAAGAAGAAGGAAAAUUCAGUCUUGAUAUGAGAUUUGUGGGUCAGAAAGAUGGCGAAGAUCAAGACCCCGGCAAUGUCCAGGUGGACACAGGUCGCAAAGGAUCCGGAAAAUCUGCGCCGGAACCAAUCCGCAUUGGUGCUAUCCAGGCCACCACGUGCUCACGGUGUGGCGCCAGAGGUCAUGCUGCCAGGGAGUGCUGGUCAGGCGGUGCUGGGGGCAAACACUACGAUCUUGUGGAGGAAGCAGAGCCUCCUUCACUGAACAAUCCAGUAAGCGCACAAGACCUGGAGACGCUGUCAAAAGGACAUGAUGCAAGUGUUGUCAAAGCGGCUCUGAAGGCAUAUUUCAAGAGGAAAGCAGAAGGAAAAGACUCAUCUUCGAGUUCCUCGUCAUCAAGCGACAAGAAGAAGAAAAAGGAUAAGAAGAAAGAGAAAAAACAAAAGAAGAAGGAAAAAAAGGCCAAAAAGAAGGAGAAGAAGCUCCAGAAAAAAGCAGCAAAGGAAGCCAAGAAGGCUCCACCUGAAGGCUAA